CCCGGCGGUAACCGGAGCGGGGGGGCCGCGCCCCCCCUCCCCCUCGCCGGUCCCAGAGCCGCAGCUGCUGCGCCCGCGCUCCGGGGACAUCCUACCCGCCGCCUCUCGCCCCGCUAUUAAUACCGGCUGCCCGGGAGCGGGGCGCAGCGCGCGGCGCGGCCAUGGGGACGCUGCUGGCCUUCGUGGUCGGCGCUGCACUAGUGUCCUCGGCCUGGGGGGGCUGUGUGGAGGUGGACUCGGAGACCGAGGCUGUGUAUGGGAUGACCUUCAAAAUUCUGUGCAUCUCCUGCAAGCGGCGCAGUGAGACCACGGCUGAGACCUUCACCGAGUGGACCUUCCGCCAGAAGGGGACAGAGGAGUUUGUCAAGGUGUGUGGGCGACCGGCGCAGAUCCUGCGCUAUGAAAAUGAGGUGCUACAGCUGGAGGAGGAUGAACGUUUCGAGGGCCGUGUGGUGUGGAAUGGCAGCCGGGGCACUAAGGACCUGCAGGACCUGUCCAUCUUCAUCACCAAUGUCACCUACAACCACUCGGGUGACUACGAAUGCCACGUCUACCGCCUGCUCUUCUUUGAGAACUAUGAGCACAACACCAGCGUUGUCAAGAAGAUCCACCUUGAGGUGGUGGACAAAGCCAACAGAGACAUGGCGUCCAUCGUGUCCGAGAUCAUGAUGUACGUGCUCAUCGUGGUGUUGACGAUAUGGCUGGUAGCAGAGAUGGUUUACUGUUAUAAGAAGAUCGCCGCCGCCACGGAGGCUGCUGCCCAAGAGAAUGCCUCAGAAUACCUGGCCAUCACCUCAGAGAGCAAGGAGAACUGUACAGGUGUCCAGGUGGCUGAAUAGCCCAGGCCCUGGGCUCCGCCUCAAGGAAGAGCCAGCUCUAAAAGGGGACACCUAGGCGCGCCUGGCCGCAGUGGGGGAUGGUGUUCCGGGCCUCCCCCUGCCUCAGAGUCCUGAGCCGUCGGGACGGGAGGGGACAGGGGGACUGGCGCCCUGCACACUCCUCACCCAGCCUUCCUCCUGUCCCAAGGGCCACCUACCGCCAUGCAUGAUGGGUAAAGCAAUACUGCCGCUGCCCCCACCCUUGCUUCUGCUGCCUGUUGAGGAGGGGGCGGCGAGGCAGGGGCAGCGGCUCCGCAUCCCUCCUUCUUGCUGAUUUGCACACAUUGGCCAGCUUCAGACAUGCACUGCUGGGGCCAGCCCCUCCCUGCCUGGCUGGGGGUUGUGAUGGGAGCCCGGAACAGUCCGGGGCAGGGGGUUCUGGCCCCACUGCAGCUCCCAGCAUCGUGUCCCCUCCUGCUUCCUCUGGCUGGACCUGGGGUCCCCUCUCCCUGUGAUGCACUCUGGCCCUGGCCCCAUGCCCCCUUUCACCAGCCUUCUACUGUGGCCACUCAGAAAGGGGCCCGUUCUGCCUCUGUCUCCACAGAAGUAGUUUUGUUCUUGAAAUAAAGAUUCUUGGACUUGA